CCGAACGGCUGCGGGGAGCGAUGUGCUGCGGCCGGAGGGCAGCGGUCCUAGAGAGGCUAAUGGUCCCUUGCUGUGCUGUAUGGUGAUGGCAGAAAUCUCCAGCGUGCUUGGUUUUUUUAAGGGCCUACACUUUACAUACAGGUUUUCGCAGUUCCAGAAGCACAGUGUGGUUGCCCACCACACGCAGUGCGCAAUCCUUCCUGCCUGGAAGCUGGCUCAGGUGUUGAUGAGCCUUGAAGAGUACUGACCCAGUACAUUGCUGUGCGCCUCUCAGGCCGUUAGCAAUGCAGGGAGCCAUCGCUGCCUUCCUCAUGCAUCUGCCUGAAGAGUGUGCUUGGCAGUGUGUGGCUUGUUUGGUCCCCUGGAGCUUCACAGUGGAAAUCCAUGUGAAAUUACCAGUGCUUUAAUACACAGACUGGCAGUUUGUAGCUCGUAUGGUUAGCAGGACUUAGCUAGGUGCAGUCUAUCCAAACACAUCUGCGUGCAGUCCUUUACAUGCAGCUUGGGGAUUGACCUCCAUCACACACAUCCUUAGUACUUGCUUUCACUAUAACACUAAUUAGAAGAGUAACUGCUUGUGAAAGGAAUCUUAGGUGGAGAUUUUUCUAGAUUAUAGCUUAAGCGUUUUGAAUUUACUUCAUUUUUUGAACAUACAUUUAAAUAUCUGAAGUUCUUCAGCCACAGUUGAUGAUAGCCUCAUGUUUUUGCAUGGUCAUCAAGAGGUCUCUUCAUAAGACAGUGUUUUCAGGAAACUGUGAGCUUGCUGAACACCUGACAGCUGUCCUUUUGCAGUGACUGGGAGGCAGGAAACUGCUGCUUUUGUGGAUCCUUAGUGUAGAAUGCAGAAGUGCUGGGAUCCCUUCCUCUGUUUGGUUUGUAGAAAGGAAACAGUAAUAAAAAGGCAUUUGCAAAAGGCACUGAGAGUGCCUGCUUAUAUACCUGCUUUCAUAAUGCUGGAGAUUUACUGUUCUGGAUGUGAGUAGGCCUCAAUUUGACCUUGGGACAAGAAAGGUCAUGCACAUUCCCAUAUGUGUCCUUACUGUUAUGUGAGUUCUCUGACAGAAAUCUGUUGGUGAAUCACUGCUUGUGCAGACAGCAGUAGCUUGCUCUCUUUGAACAAAUCCUCUGAGGCUGCAGAUUGUAGAGGGAGCCGCAAGUCUAAAGGACUCUGAGGUUUGUACAGCACGUUUGUCUGCAUGUCCACACCGUGGUCCAUGCAAGUUUUUGGAAGAGAAGACAACUACUGAUUUCACUCAUUGCUCCCAUCUGCCCGUGUUUCUGCGGUUGUGUUUGUUUUAUGCCGUGGAAGAUUUCUUUCUAAGAUGAUAGUCGUGGCCUUGAAUGUUUCAGUUGAUUUUUGUUUCAGAAGUGCUAAAACCAAUGUCAUUUGUUUCUACUCACAGACCUUGUGUGCUCACUUGACCCUGCAAAAGCAUCUGCUUCUUAAGAGCAGAAACCUGUUGUGUCUUGCCCAGACAAAGAUUUACAAGGCAGCACAGAAACCUUCUUUAUGUCACUGGAACAGUGUUCUUACCUCAUUUGAUGCCAUUUGUUUGUUCAUUUGAUCUACAGUCAGAAGAAUAUGAGAAAAAGAUACAAGAGCAAGUAGUACAAACUGCAAGGGGCUGAUGAAACUAGGUUGCUUUUUUGGGUUGUAGUCUAAGAGCUCAGGAUUAGUGGAUUCAAUUCUGCUGCUUCUGAAUUCAGAAGCAAAACUACUGCUAACUUUAGUGUGACCUGAAUCAGAUGUUUCAACUCUGUUACCAGAACAGUAUUUAUUUACUCAGUGCUUUCUGAGUUAAGCUUGUCUGGAGACGUUGAGUGUGAUCAUAGCAAUAGCCCUGCUGACUGUGUACUUGUUCCUCAUUCUGCUGUUAGUGUUAUGUUUCACACGUGCACUGCCACUGAUCUUUAAAAAAAAAAAGUGGAACUUUGUUUUCUUGCUUUGGAUAUUGCAGCUUAUAUAAAACAUAUUGGAAGUGCAAAAAUCACUGACAGAAGUGCUGUCUAAAGGUUCCUCUUUGGUUGUUAAUAUCAUAGCAGCUUCCCAAAUCUUUCUUGAUGCUCUUCUGGGCCUCAGUUAUGGCCUCAGAAUGGGAAAUAAAAAACUAAUCUAAUCUUUACAUCACUUUUUAGAAAUUAAAUCACAAAUUCUGUAAUGCUUGCACAGGCUGUCCUGAAAAAGAAACGAAUACAGCCUUUCUUUGCACUGCCCAAACUUUCUUUCGUAAGAUAAAAGGAAGUCCCUCAGUCAACCACUUAUAUUAUCAUUUCUGAGUCUCUAAACCCUCCGUAACUGUUUUUCCAACAAGCUACUGUGAUCCCAGAAAUGAAGCUCUGAGAAAAACAGUUACAAUAAAUGCAUGUGCAGUAUUUGUACUGGGCAUAAGGUCAUCAUAAGAACAUUCAGGAACAGUAGUGAGCUGCCUCAUGCAAAGAAAGUCCAAACAAGCACCUACAAAAUAGGAAUAAGAACUGUCUCCCUUUUACAUACCAAAGGACAGACUUCAUACACAACCAGGGCACAUGGUAUUUAUGGCCUCGCAGGUGUUGACCUCGAGGACCCCAAGGAAAGUUUUGUAUCUCUGUGUCUCUGAGCAGAGGAUGGAUCAGUCUGUGAGUGGAACUUGUGUUUCAGAGCAACAGGGCUCUGAGCCCUGCUCAGUAGGGUGCCUGCAGCUGGCAGUGUUGGCUGAAGGAAACUUCUCUGGUAAUGUUUUUCUUGUUGAGAGCAGCGGUGCAUAUGGGUAAUAGUCCCAAGGGAAUUUACCUGUUUUUCUGUUUUCUUUUAGAAACAACUGCUUUAAAGAUCACAGUUUAUUCCUUUAUACAAAUCCGAGUACCGACGUGUUGUGGUUUCUGUCAGAACAAUGACGUGACCUCCAUUAUACUGUGUAUAUUUUUAAUACUGCUUACAGCACUCCUGCACACAUAGAGUGGUUUUGUUCCUAGAAGUUUGAUUUCUCAUACCUGAUAAUUCAGAAGUCCUUUUUUUUUUUUUUAUUCCCCAGCACUUUGAACAAUUAGUUAUCCCUGUGCAAACUGAAAGUAAAAUACGACUCAUAACCUCUGAGUGGAGAGUCUGAUUUGGUAGUCCCACAGUGCCCCAGUGCAGGAAUAGAUAACCAUGCCAGGUACCUGGCAGUAGAGGAGCAAGUCGUAAGCCCAUAAGUGUAGGUUGUCACUUCUUAAAAUGUGGAGAAUACAUAGUACUAGACUACAACAUGCAGUAUCUGUUUGAUGGGGAUCAGUUGUUCCAUGGUCUUUUUCAUCCUCUACUCUCCCUGGUUUUACCAUGGAACUAAUACACAUGAACCACGUGGAACUAGCAUACACGGUCCACAGCCACAAGCAGGGAAGCUGUUGUGUAUUCAAAACUACUCUUCAUCAGCUUGUGCUAUAUUGUGUCCUCUGGCUGGCAGUGAUGCUGCUGGCAGUGAAUGGCAGCCUUCUACAGUGAAAGGUCCUGAGGCACUCUUCUUCUGUACAGUAGAGGAAGAGAUACUUGGCUCUCAUUAUGAGCUGCUUACUUUGUGUUUUAACACUGAUUCAGUGUUGUGCUGUGUUGAGCAGAACACCAUCAUAAUGUCUGUGGGACAUUUGCUCUAUAGGGGACCCGUGAGAGGUGGGCCCCAAAAGAGGAUACAUUGCUGUUAUUGUUAUGUGUUAUCUUCACAAUAUUGAAAUAUUUUGGUCUCCAAGCUUUAGGAUUCAUGUUGUCAACUACAGCGAUGGCUAAGUCAUAUCCCUCGUGUAUAGUGCCUUGUGCUUUCCAUACACAGUGAAUCAUUCUAUUAUUGCAGUCAUGUUUGCUUUUCCUCAGAAGUUCUUGAAUACCAUUUCUUUAUUAAAAUAAAGCAAAACAGUCAUCCAGUUGAUUGUUAGACUGCAGUCAGAAGCCAAGCAGUGGCACUGAUUUUCUUGCUACAUUUAUAAAUCAGUGCCUGCCAAAUACCAGCAAGUUGAUCAUAAGUAUUUCUAUGUGUCUUAGCAGUUACAUAGCUCAGCCUCUUACCAGCCUUCUGCUAGAAAACUCUCACAAGGAAGUCAUGGAGGGAGACAGUAAGUUAAAUGAAGGGUCACUUCAAGUUCUACGUUGCAUUUUCUGAUUUGUAAUAAUUUUGCAUUAUCAGUGCCUGCUUCACCGUGGCAUACAGUAUAUGUGUCAGUUCAGUGUUGUUAUGCAUUUCACCUGUUUGAAAUAGUAUGUGUUGAGGAUUUCUGUAUUAAAAGAUGGAAUUUUAAUUUGUAUUUCUGGUCAACUUCUCUAAUUUGUAUUUCUAUUACAGAUUGUGGGCAACAUAUUUACACACUCACUUCCCUGACUUGAGUGUUAGCUCGCUUUUGAUCUUAUUUUCCAUGUUUACUAUUUAAGUGCACUUAAAGCCAUGCAAAGUAAAAAAAAAAAAAGUGUAGAUUACAUUUUUCCACAUUAUUAUUGCUGGUGGUAAAAAGCAUAAGGCAAAAUUGUUUUAUAUAUAUAUGAGAACGUGGAUGUAGAAAUUGGUUGUGAGGCAGUAGUAGUAGCUGCCAGGAGAGAAUUUAGGCAGUGUCUCAAUACCACUUGUAUUUCAGUGCUUUCUGAUGAUACGUUUUUAAAAAGAACUGGAGUACUACAAGCAACCACAGGCCAACUGUGCUUCAGCUACUGGCUGUUGGCACUGCUGCUGGAACUCCUCUCAAAGGGUAAGGGCAGUUCUCUCUCUCACACACACACAAACACACACACAUGUGCACAGGAGGCAUCCAUGAGAUAUGCAUGCUGGCGUUCUAUGCGUUUUGAUCACAUAAAGAUUUGCAGUUAUGCAGUGGAAUAUUGAAUAUAAAAGUAAUCCUGAGGAAAUGCAUGAGUCUCACAUAGGUAAUAAUUCUGCUGCGAUUUCCAGAGGCCACAGACAUUUUUUAUAUCAUGAAUUCAAUCUCUCCGUCUUCACUGACACUCACAUGACACUCAUAUGCCAUCUUUUUUUCAUACUGACUUUGACCUUUUCUGUACUAUUGACCCCUUCAUUUUCUUAUGUCACAUAUGAGAAGAGGUCCAAAACGUGGAUGAGAUUUAGCUUAAUGUGUGCUUGGAGAUAACUUCAACAAUCUGAACAGGUAGAUGGUCAAAACUAUUUUUAAGAGCUAAUUAAUUAAUUCAUCUUUCUCAAGAGGGAACAUUUUGAAUAAAUGAGUAACACUGAGACUGUUCUUCAGUUUUACCACAGAGCUUUUUUCUCACUAAGCUAGGUAGGUCUACACAUUGAAUUACAAAAGCUGAAUUAUGUCACAGCAGGCUGGCAACAUUCUUGUAGAGGUUUCUUUUCUUUCACAUGGUACAGGAUUUAUUCUAAGAAAACAGUGAAAGCAGUGCAGGUAUUUCCAUCAUAAAGGACUUAGUAUAUUAUACUCUUGAAUUUGGCAGUAUAGUAGUACUUCUUACCAUAGCAAGGUUUGGGAUUCUUUUGCUUUUCUUUUCUGGCACUGUGCCUGUCAUGCAGAUUUGAAGAAGUUACCAGAGCAGCAGUGCAGACAAUUGCUGAGAUGCAUGGAGCAUUUUUUCCAGUUUGGAGCUCUGUGACUACUUCUGGAGCAUCUCGGCCAUUUGCUGAAGUAAUCGUUUUUGAGGUUGAGGUGCCUUGUCUUCUGUGGGAUCCACAGCCUGCAGGAGGGCAGGAGACCUCCACAUGAAAGUUGUAGAGUCCCUGGGAGCAUUUGGGGUCAGAUUCUCUUUGCUCUGUCAUGAUAGACCAACACAGUUGUGAUUCUUCAUAAAACUCAGUUUCUCUGAACGUAGAAUCAUAGAAUGGAAUCAUAGAAUGGCUUACAUUGGAGUACUCUUGAAAAAUCAUCUAGUUCCAAGUCCCCUGCCAUGGAGGAAUCACUUUUCCAAAAAGCUGUAGGCAAGUCAUCUCUGCCUCCAAAUACUAUGAUGUUAAAAAAAUGUAACUACCUAAUGAGCUAACUACUUAUUUUUUAAUGAGUUUUCCAGCUGCUGUGUUUAUGACCAUAAGUGUUUAAAACAAGCCAUCUUUUUCAUUUCUGAUCAUUAAAAUGCAGCGAUGCAAUAAAACAAAACUGCUGUUUCCUGUUGUUUCCUGUCUGUGUUUUUUGUACUUCACCCUUGAUUUCAGAAAUCACCUCUGUCUAUCAUCAGUUGCACAGGACAUUCAAAAUUCAUUUCACAUUGGCAUUUGUGUGUUCUUGCAGUUUGCUUUAGGUGUUGCUCUGGUUCACAUCAUGGUGGUGACUCAGUGUCUGUGUAUCUGCUUUGAGGGUUUCAUCUCUAGAGGGUGAUUUUUGAAUUGCCCAAAAAUAUGCUUUGAUGUUUGGAUAACAUUGAGACAUUUAUUUUUACAGAUUAUUUCCACUGCUGUGCAGAUCUGUACGUCACCAAAUCCCACUUACCUCCUCAUAUUAAGGGUAAUUGUAGAAGUAAAGGUUAUUCAGAUCUCUCUUGUAGGCCUUUUUGUGUGGCUGAAUUUCAUUGUGUUUUGAUGGAUGCACACUUCUGAAGAUCAAACCUCUCCUCAGAUCUUAACCUAAUACAAAACAACAUUAUAAUACAGAAACACAGCUCUAGCUGCAAAUAUAAGGACUGUAAUUUCCUUCCAAAUAUCUUCUGUUUUCUCACAGAGCUGCUGAAUGUAGGAAGAAAUGCUCAUGGUGUUGGUGAACAGUACAGUGACUGUAGAUGAGCUCUUUUCUAAUGACAUUACCACCACACUGCAUGGCCAUCAUACAGUGAUGGUAGCUCAUUAUUGAGGAAAUAUUUCUCCAUAGCAACAACCCAAGGGAUUUCCUUUAGGUGUUUCUGCACCUUCCAUGUAACAGUUGCCAUUUCUGGAACACUAACAGACUUCAACAUACGAAUCAAGCAGGAAUCUUUCUCUCCUGAAGUAUGCUGGGCAGGUAUUACGGGUUGUUAAGCCUUCCAUUGCUGGAAGUGAACUUCAGCAUACCAGCUAAUUUUAGAAGAGCUCACGUCUCUAACAUACAGGGAAUGUAGUCCUGUAAAUUUAUAUAUCCAUUGCAAGUGUGCAUUAUCAUUUUAGUGACUGGAUAACCAAGUACAGGCAGUUCAAACAACAGUCUUGGAAGAAGAAAGGUCCCAUAUUUGAAAUAAGGAGGCACCCCUGGGGGUAACCAAUUACCUAUCAGUCUUUGGAACUGCUUGGCUACAUCUCACCCAUUCUGACUAACACUGCACAAAGUCACAGAACUGUAGAGGUUGAAAAGGAGCUCUAGAGAUCAUCUAGUCCAACUCUCCUACUAAAGCAGGUUCCCUAGAGUUGGGAAGAAGUCUUGCACAAGAAUAUACUUGUAAUAUACUAAUACUUGUAGAAUAUGGAUAAGUGAAACUUAUUAGCAGCAGUGGUUUCCUGUCUCAUUUCCUCAGGGACUUUCUUUUUAAGAUUUUUUUCUUAAAUAGGACAAGUGGUUUCAGAGAGUGGUCAAAAAAGGCUGUACCUUACCUUGUUGAUCAUGGAGAAAUUUGUACCAUAGGAAGACUUCCUGGAAACCUAUAUUCUUUGGAAAGAAUAUUCCCUAACAAAGGGAGAAGAGGAUUCAGGACAUUUCUUCCUUGCCUUUUAAAAUAUACUGAAAGCUACAGAAUAAAUUAUUUCAGUUUCAUUAAUAAACAGUUUUCUACCUGCUUGCCUGUGCAUUCCUUUUAGUACACAAGAUGAAUGAGGCACAUAUGCCUGAUUGCUUACACAAGAUACAAUGGGGGGAUGAACAUUGUGAUAGGAUACGUUUAUCAAAUAUUAGCAUCUAUGGCUGAAUGCAGGGAAACAUCUCAUUUAUCUUGCUAUUAAUCAAGAGAGCCUACUUCAAAUACUGAAUUUCUCCUUACAGACAAGUGGAGAGGACUUUACAAGGAGCUCUUUGGAAAACUUGACUGACAUGUCACCUUUUCUUUGUAUGCAGGUUGAGCAUCUGCAUAAGGAUGAUUUAACAGUCCUCUUCAAGAGGAUGAAAAGCCGAGUUUUAGAAAGUUCUAAGGCCCAGGGUGAAUCUGCAGUUUAUUAUACUUGUUAAAUAAUAAACUUAACAAUAUGCUUACCUAUAACUUAACCGCAGGUGUCCACAGUUGGUACGUCCUCCCCAUUGGCAUUCCCCCUUAGCCUGUCUGUCAGUCAGAGCAUGAGUUGACAAGGUUGCCUCUUCGGCCUGCUUGCAUGUUUAUUUCUUGAGUAUCAAAUAAUUAUUUGGACAAGAGACAUGCUUACCUUUGUCUUGGUGUAGCAAGCACGAGAAUUUUGUCUCUUUUUCUUUUUUUUUUCUUCUUUUGUCUGCUGUUAGGAAAUGGUUCUUUUCCACCUCCAUUAUUGAAUUGUUGGUCUAGAACGCUGAAAUCGUACAGUUUAGUUGGAAGAUUAAUGAGGUGUGAUUUCUUUCUCAAUUUAAAUUCUAAAAGAAGUCACAAGAUUCAUACACAAUUUAUUACACUUCGUAGUUUGUUUUUGGUGAAUAUACUUUGUUUUAAUGGGGUAGGUGUAAAGGGUCAUUUGCCCUUUUAUAUAUGGACAUAUACUGUGUAACUAAUAUUUUCCUUCAUUACUUUUAAAUGUUUACCAAAAGCAUUGUAAAUGCUUUGUCCAUAUUUAAAUGUAUUUUGACUAUUACAUGUAACAAUGCUUUUUAAGCUUGAAAUUGAAUCCCCUGCAGUUUCAUCUCUUCAAAGAGAUGCACAUGCAUAAUUUUAUGCACCGUGAGUAAUCUCAUUGGCUUCAAAGAAACUGCCCAAUGCAUGAAGUUGGUUGAGUCUUUUUAGGAACAGGGUUUUUUACUGUGUUGAAUACUCAGAGGUUGGUAUUGUUAUCUUUAUUUGAAAAACAGAAACAAAUGUUUAUGUUAGAAUUCCAUUUCACUCACUUGACCAAGAAGACUUGUAAAAAGUGAACUUCAAGAGAUAGAGGAGAAUAAUGUGUAACUACCAAUUUGACCAUGUCUUCUUGACUGUUGGCUCCAUGUACACACACCACCUCACACAUCACAUUUUUUGCUUGUUUUUUUUAAUUAUUAUUUUUGUAUGUAAAUGCACACAGGCAUACACGCACACAGCUUCUUGGUGGACUGUGCUGUUGAUAUCUUUUCCUAGGACUGAGAUGUAAUGCUGUGGCCUGAACUCCAGCUACUUGCAUUGUAGUUCUCUUUUGUGUUCGUUCUUGGGCAUGGCUGUUUCUCAAAAGUGGAAAAAGGGGAAAUAUCAACUGAGGAAAACCAAGCAUUGGAGCAGGGUGCAUGGGAUAGCAGCCUAUACCUUUGGAGGUUUUUAGACUGGACAGAGCCCUAGUCAAGUUGCUCUGAACUCAGUGUUGUCCCUGCUUUUAGAAAUAAGAUGGGACUCAGUAACUUUAUAGGUUCCUUUCAGCUUUUCUGUGAUUCUGCAUUGAGGUAUAUCUUCAGAUGUAAUUUGUAGAACAGCAAUCACCAGGUUUUUUGUUGGUAACUCUGUUUUCAGAUCUGAGAUUGAUUUUUGCAAUGGGAAGUUGCACAGGGGUUCCAGCCCCAGAUCUCAGCCUCUCAUUUGAGGAACUGCAGAACAUACAGUGUUGAAUCUCCAGGGUGAAAUUAAGCACUUCAUGCUUAAUGCUUAACAUGUUUAGUCCUUGGAGCCUGACAAAGAGUAUAUAGUUCAGGGACUGCUGAGGGUGUCCUUAGGGAUGGAGAGGUUGGGGAACCAUUUGAAGGAGGUAACAGUAGAAGUGGUAGCCUGCACCUGAGGAAAGCAUUCUCAAGCAUUUCUCAGAGUAUGUAUUAACAGGCAGCAGACUUGGCAUCACUUGGUUUCUGUGCUUUACCUUCGCUCCUGCCUCCCGUACAGUCUGUUUAGAUACAUUCUAAAGAGUUUUUUGAGCACAGUCCCUGCCUUCAUCCCUCUCCCUACUUCGGUUAUCAUCUCCCAACCAUGUUCUCUAACUUCCCUGAAGUAUGCCCUCUGUACUGCAGUACUGUCUGGAAGUAAUUUUUCCCUGUUUAAGUAGUAUUUAAACUCGAUAGGAUUGUAUGGCACAGAAUGAAACAUGAAAAAACAGCUUUCAAGGGUUAGCUUUUAAUUUUUCAAGUGGCAUAACACAAUUAUGUCCCACAACUAAGUCGUUCCUCUUUGACUGUUUCAUCUUAUUUGUAUGUUCGAAAAGAUUCACUGAGAUGCCUCAUAUUUUAUUAAUGAGACCAGUAUUAGGGAUUUCUAGAAACUACUUAUGUGAACAGCAAGAAGGAUAAGACAUAUUUAUCUACAUCUGCUGAAAACAUCUGAUGUACUGCUCCUGUGAUCAUCUAGUGAUAUUAAAAAAGGGAAGCUAAGCUUCCUAGUAUGCAUGUUUAUACUCAGUAUAGGAUAAAGUACAAUAUACUUCAUGAUCUAUUAAUAUCAAUGUUUUUUCUGAUGUGGUAAUUAUUUUUGAAGAAGAUUAGCCUGGAGCUACUUAAUCUCUUGGCAAGUUGUCUAAAAGGUACAGUUUGGGGGGAUGACAGUGACUGUAGGUAAGUAUUGCAGAAGACAGAACUUAUUCUCAGCUAUUUCAAGUGAUUUUGUUCUGAUACAACUGUGUUGAACUUCAUAUGUUGGCAUGCAGUUAACGCAUUUUUGUAGGUGGACCUAAGGGCAGACCUUCAGAUUAUGAACUUCCUGAGAUUUUACUCUGAAAAUCCUACAACAAGCCAUGACAUUUAAUGAAGAAGUGUUGAGUUUAGUAUUCCAGCUCCCCAUAAUGAUUACAAGUUAGUUGAGUACCGUGUUGUUUUUUCCACUGUUGCUGCAGAUGCACACAGUAGGGACUACUGUUUCCUGAGUUCACAAGAAUGUAGCUGUCAGAGAAUGUGUAGGGAUAGAUUAUACUUUAGGCAACACUCAGAAGAGGACCAACCCGCUCAACCAUAAUAGUGCCCCCUAAGCUUUCCAAAAUUUUUUCCUGACCAUACCUGACCAUUUCCUACACAGUUGUAUAAUUAUUCCAUAUUAAACUGCUGAGUUUGAGGGAAAAACUACAUUUCAUGGUAGCUGGGUUUAUUCUAUGGAAAAGAAAAUUCCUGAACUGCUUGAGGGUGAAAUACAAGCAUCAGUAGAAACUUUCUACGUAUCUGAAUAUAAACAUAAAAGCAAAUAUAUUUUCUACAUUGCGUGAUCCAAUGUCAGAGCUAUGGUGAUAACACUCCUACAGCUUUUUUAUUGCUGCUUAUCUAUCACAUCAUUGCAUCAGAAGAAAUCUGCUGAUGUGUCUUCAUGAAACUGAACGCGCGUUAAGUAGGGCUUGCAGCUUAGUGAGCAGUGUGUGUGAGAGCAACUCAUCACUCUUCCAUCCUCAGCAGAUAGGCAUUUUGAGAUCCAGCUAUAUGUUGCUGCCAUCUUUCAUACAAACAAGAUUCAUUACUGACAUCGUGCUUUUCUUUCUCAUUUAUUCCUGAUUGACACAGAUUGCAGUAGAGGAGAAACGGUCCAUGCCCUAGUAUGAUGGGAUCAAACACCUUCAUGGUGUUAAGUGCUAUGUUAAAUGCAAGGUAAAAUGCUGCUAUUGCCUAAGGAGCAUUCACAAAAGCUAACUUAAACGGAGUGAUGAUCUUGGUUGGCAGCCUCUUGUCAAUGAAGAGAGACAGGUUCCUCCAGGCAACAGGUAAAUUAGUCUUUUGCUUUGAAUCACUGUCUGGAAGGGUCUUCCCCUCCUCUCCACUGUCUAGAUGAAUGAGCUUCCCCAGAGUGAUGCUGUGCUUUGUGAGUCAUGUCCUGUGCUAUGAAGGUUAAGCUAAACUCCCCUGUGCAACAGCUACCAAAAUCAGUGACAUUCGCUGACGGUGGGUAUGACUCAAACAUAUUAGAAAACAGUAUUUGAAUAAAAUCGCAUUGGAAUCUUUCUUCCACAUCAAUCAAUUAUCAAGUCCUGCUGGCUGGGAAUGGGGUUUUAUCUGAAGGGUCACCUGGCACAUAAUCAAAGUCAUGUCAAUUUAAUAAACAUGCAAAAAAGUAGACUAGCAUCAAUAAAGACAACAUUGAAUCAGCAUGGGGCACCAUGCUCAGCUGUGCCAGUAAAGUAGAGAUCGCUCACAACUUAGCAGGCAAUGGGAGCAGCUAAACAAUAUUUCACAGGAAAGCAAACAAGUUUCUUUAAAAUGGCAUUUGCUUUCCUUGUGCUUUCCUUACUGAGCUGGACAGCCCCAUUUUUGAAGAUGCUACGAACUUCAAACUAAAGUUGUGCAGCUGUUAAGUUUUACAGUGAAGCAGCGUCAGCGGACAGAGUGCAGAUAGUCUCCAAGUGGUUUGUCCAACAUAAAUGUAAAUGUUAAAAGACAUUUUUGUUUUCUUUUUAUUUAUUUGUUUGUUUAUUUACUUAUUAACUAUUUGUUGUUAAUAUGACAUUUUGGCAGAAAUCGCCAUAACCUUUCAGGCCUCACUGAGGUGAACUUUCUACCAUUUAUUUGGUAAUAGCAGCUGAUACAUGAUUCCAAAAGUAAUCCUUGUGGAUGAAUUGAAUGAAUGCUUGUCAUCUUCCUGCGUAUUUAUGCUGCUGAGUUUCAGGAGAAAUGAAUUCAUGUAUUUCACAGUAAUUUAAAUUCCAUGUUGGCAGGUCCUACUAAGCCUGGGGACACCCAAUUCAAAAUCUCUCUGUUUAUGUGAAAUACUCAAAGCUACUUGCUUGUUUUUCCCGUGGGAAUAUUUUCACAUAGGAAUCUUCUGGGAAAUCAUGCAGUAACUCUUCUAUAGUUUGAGUUGAACUUUUGUGUGUGCAUCCCUUCGUGGUUAGAGUUUGGAGGGCAUGUAAUUGCUGAAGAUGAGAGUUAAUGAAUAUUUUUCUCAUAACUGAUGACUGUAAAUUCACAAAAGUAGUCUAAGUGGGAAUUUUAGUAACAUUAGAGUGCUUUAAGCUCUCCUCUGAGAAAGGUUGAAGCUAAAUCGUGAUAAAAUAGUUUUCAAAAAUUAUUUUCAAGAAUUUACAGGGCUUAUUCAAUUUACGUCCUAUCUUGGGUAACAUUAUCCUAGCAGGCCUGUUCAAAUUGGCUAUAUUUUUAGAAGAGAAUCCUCACUGAAUUACUUUUAAAAAAUGUGCAGUCUUUAGUGUAUAGAUCUAUGAAUAUCAGAGAAUACAUUUAUACAUCAACAUUUUAUCAAAUCCCUGGGAAAUGCUUUUUAUUUGCUUGGAUAUGAAAAGUAGUUGGUUAACUAAGGAUUCUUCUGCUAAGCCAGGAUUAGGGCUUUUUUGUCCACCUGUUACUUUUUAGCGUUCAACUACUGCUGUCAAACAACAUAACAUUUUAUUAUUUCUCUUCAUAAUUUGUAUUAUUAAGAGAACAGUACCACCACUCUCUUCAAGUGAGCUGUUGUCGAUCUGAACUGUAGACUGCGUUCAGAACUGGAGCAAGCUUGGUGUUCUUGAGCAGUUCUCAAUUCAAGAGAACAUACCUUCUUCCUGUGGAUCUCAUUUUAGGAUUUUUUUUAAAGGUAUACCAGAACACUGUAAAUUAUAUUCCUUUUGUUCUGCUUACCAAAGCAUUAAAAUACAGUCUUCAUACUUGAAGAGGGUGUUUUGAAAGUGAUCACUGUUCUUGGGAUGGUUAAUUCUAUUCUAACUUUCACAAGUUGUUCUGUCUUACUUUCAUAUCCAUUGUUAGAAAAAUGUAAUUACAUGAAAACAAAAUGCAUCUACUGGGUCAAAGCCCAGUAUCCUGUCUGUGGUGGUUGCAAAACCCAAAUGCUUAGCAAGAAGUAUUAAAAUAGACAAACAUAUGGUAUUAUUUUCUUGAAUAAACCCUCCCACUGUCCAGCAGUCUGUGGCUUGAAGAUGAUGCAAGAGAAAAAUGGUAUAAUUAUCUGUGUAUUUAAUAAUUCUUGCUAUACUUUCUUUUCCAUUUCUUUGGUCUAGUUGCUUUCUUGAUCCACUGUAUUUGUUGCUUCCAUAAUACUGUAGGGCAAUGAGUUGCACCAUUUAAUUGCACACUGUAAAAAAAAAAUACAAUUGUAAAUACAGUGGUAAAUACAAUUAACAGUGGAUUCUGAUUUGGUUGGUAAUGCUUUAAUUCAGAUUAUUAGCUGAGAUACGGCUGACUAAAUGUUUUUAGUGCAGAUAUUUUUUCACCAUAUCCAAUGAGUAGACGUUGUUAAUAAGGAUUAAAAAGAUUGUUUUAAACCAUAUCUUUUUUCUAUUUUUAAGAAUAUUUAGCUGGGAUGAAACUUAAGUGUCACCUAAAUGAGCCUUUCAGUGUUUGUAUGUAUGCCAGUGUAACAUGCUGAGCUACUAUAUAGUGGAUACUAGGUCUUGUAUUUCCAGAGUUCAGACCACAGUUUAGCUUAGGGUAUUGUUGUCAGGGAGGUAACAGAACUAAAGCAUCAAUUCGUAGCUGAUAUGUCUAGUGUAGGUUCAUUGUAAAGCUUCCAGGUGAAUAGUUUUGCCUGUAGGCUUGUGAAGAUGCACGCAGGCUGAGCUGUCUAAUACACAUUGUGGGAUGAACAGUCAUGUAAAAAUACAGUAAAGUAAAAUUGAUAUCAUUUGAAAUGUUUAUUUUCCAGAGCUCCUUUUGUAGGUUAAAUGCACAGCAGUGACUUUUCUCUCUGUUAUACAGAGGAGCCAAUAUACUGUUACACACCACACAACUUCACCCGCGAUCAAGCCUUGUAUGCCAGAGGAUAUUGUUGGACAGAAUUAAAAGAUGCCUUGCCAGGAGUUGAUGCCAGCCACUGGCCCUCCUUGUUUGAGCAUAAGUUCCUACCUUAUGCACUGCUGGCUUUUGCUGGGAUAAUGUACAUUCCAGCUCUGGGCUGGGAAUUUCUGGCCUCCACCCGACUGACUUCAGAGCUUAAUUUUUUGCUUCAGGAGAUCGAUAAUUGCUACCACCGUGCAGCUGAAGGACGGGCACCAAAAAUAGAGAAACAGAUCCAGUCCAAAGGCCCGGGGAUCACAGAGAGAGAGAAAAGAGAAAUCAUUGAGAACGCAGAGAAGGAAAAAAGCCCUGAACAGAAUUUGUUUGAGAAAUACCUGGAAAGAAGAGGACGAAGUAACUUCUUAGCUAAGCUUUAUCUCGCGAGACAUUUGUUCAUCAUCUUUUUAAGCAUCAUACCAAUUACAUACUUAUCCACCUACUAUGCUACACAGAAGCAAAAUGAAUUUACAUGUGCUCUAGGAGAGCCUCCGGACAAGACAAGCAGCUCCAAAUUGCACAUCAGAGUGAACUGUAAGCUGCCAUCUGUCCAGCUCCAGCGGAUUAUUGCAGGCGUAGACAUCUUUCUCCUCUGCUUUAUGAACUUGAUCAUCCUUAUCAACUUAAUUCACCUCUUCAUAUUUCGCAAGUCCAACUUCAUAUUUGAUAAACUGAACAAAGUUGGAAUAAAGACCAAGAAACAGUGGCAGAAGUCCCAGUUUUGUGACAUCAAUAUUUUGGCUAUGUUUUGCAAUGAGAAUCGGGACCACAUAAAAUCACUGAACCGUCUGGAUUUUAUUACGAACGAAAGUGAUCUGAUGUAUGACAACGUGGUGCGCCAACUGCUGGCGGCGCUGGCCCAGUCCAAUCACGAUGCCACCCCAACCAUGCGUGAUUCAGGGAUCCAGACAAUAGACCCAAGCGUCGACCCAGCAGACAUCGAUGGCAACGAGCAGCUCAUCAUUAAGAGACCAAGGAAGAAGAUGAAAUGGAUCCCAACUACCAAUCCACUUCCUCAGCCUUUCAAGGAGCAGUUAGCCAUUAUGAAGGUCGAAAAUCAUAAACCUGAAAAGCCUAAGCCUGUGCGGAGAAAAACGGCGACGGAUAGCCUUAUUGCUCCUUUGUUAGAAUCUGCUGCAAAAACCUCACAGCAAUCAUCAGCUCAUAAAACUGAAUCAAACACCGUCCCGAGCACAGGCAGUGAAAAGAAACACACACGGCACUUUUCCUUGGAUGUACAUCCAUAUAUACUUAGUAGUAAAAAAACCAAGCCAGAGAUUCCAGCCAUCCCCUCGAUGCCUACAUCAAAAAGCCAAGAGGGUGGAUUUCUAAACCAGGAAGAGAAUGUCAUAGUACACGUUACCUCCUCUCUCAAAGACACCCCUCAUCCUGCAAAAGAGAUGCUGUACUCAUCUGAGACAUGCAGAACUGUGCCUGCCGCUGGGGCUUUUGUCACAUGCAACCACAACCAUAUAGCCACGACCACAGCGACAAGUAUGACUCUGAACCCAGCCAAAGCAGAACCAGCCCCUGCGCUGAACUGCAACCCCACCCACCCUCUGCUGCACAUCAACACGCUGUAUGAGGAUCACGAGGAGGAAGUUUCAAACAUAAUCGACAAUGGGAUUCACUCCCCGACUGACGCAGGGGAAAUUCUUUCCAUCCCCACCCCUAAGCAGAUACGGCUGGCAACGUUUGAUGAACCGAUGGCAAUCGUGAGCUCGGUGGAGUACUGAAGCCCCAUGGCUGCUCUCUGGUGGCCAAGCCCAAGGCAGUGCGAGUGGAGAAGCAUCGUCGCCUUCAACACUGCACUUCACUGCAUGAGCAUGGAGAGCUUUCAUACGAACUGUAGCUCUUGGUAAUAACACCAAACCGUUUUUCAGGAUCACGUCAUGAGCACUGUCAUUUACAACAUAGAAUAAGUAAAACCUGGUGGAAGUAGACCUUUAACACCAAGACAACCAUUAGCUCUAGCUCUGAACUAUAGCUUCCUGAUUGAAUUGGUCUUAGCACAACUUAUGAACAUUAGAAGUCUGAUGGCAUGCCACAGUAAUUUUAGCGAGUAUUUAAACCGUUUGCAUUCAGAAUCACUGAUGAAAGCUAAAAAGACACAGAGGUGAGGUAUGCUUUUUUAAUGGCAGUAGUUAAAUAAGAGUUUUUUUUCUAAGCAGAGAGGGGUUGUUUUUUUUCAAUUCAGGAUUACAAAAAAGUUAUAUGCAAGCCAAUUUUUGUUUGUUUGCUUCUUUAGCUCACUGACGUUGGGCUCGAUGGAGACUUAGCUGAAAGGGCCUUACUACCACCAGCAGCAUUUAAGUGCAAAAGGAAUGGAUACAUUCAACCUCUUGCAUUUAUAAAUGAAAAUACCUGAGGUAUGCCCCGCCCUUUAACAAGCUUUUAUUGUGAUGGAAGAUGCUGAAAUAAAGAGUUUAUUUUUUUAAAUAUAUUUUACCAUGGGAAAAAAAUUACUUUAAUAACUUUUCAAACCAGGUGUUUGUUGCUUUUAACAAAAUAUGUAGAAGAGAGUCAUUGUAGCUGCUUAUUUUUCAUAGUGUAUUUAUGAACCAGGUUAGAAACUUCUAUGGGUGCUUCACUGAUGAAAAAUCUUACAGAGGUUGUUACAAAACAUCUUACAAAAUAUGAAACCAGCAAAAUCGUAUUCAAAUAACAGGAUUAAGGAAGCCUAUGAAUUUAGGUGUCCAAGCUUGGCUAGUUCUUGAUUCAGCAAACACUUAAGGCUAUGGAUGUCACUGAAAUGACCCAUAUGUUCUUUGUAAAGCUAAGUACAUACUGAAGUGGCUUUGCUGGAUCUGGACUCUAGUGCAAGCAGACAAUGGUCCUGCUGUAUGUGCUAUCAUUCUGAUUCAAUAUUUGCCUUCCUUGGCUCAAAGCACAUCUUCAUCCCCAUCUUCCUAUAACUUUGAUAUGUGUGAUUUAAUAGAAAAUUCUAGUAUAACUAAAACACCUAUUAAAAAUGUAUCAUGCAAUAACCAUUCUCAGCAAAAUGAUAGUGAAACAAAAAGUGACUGUGUUGAAAUAAUAUUACUACCAGAAUUAUGGACUAUGUGUGUUUGCAUCAAAUUAUGUAUAAUGAAUGGUAGAAGAAAUAUGCAGCACAAAUACAGGAUUGAAAUCUUGAAUUUAUUUUAAUUUAUUACCUCAGACAUGGAUAUAUGAUACCAGUAUUUAAUGAAAAUAGCACUGAAAAUAAAUACAUAUUAUUCUGAAUAGCUUAACGUGUACUAUGUCCUAGUGUAGUUACAUACAAGUGGGAUUCUGGUAGAAGCAGUAGGUGGGACGUGUAAAACCACUAUUCCCCCAUACAGUACUGCGCAGUAUUUUCAGCCCAAACAGCCAAAUAUCAAGAAGCAAACCACAGGAUAUGUAGCACAGUCAGGAGAGGAAACAGUGGGAAUGGCUGAAGGAUGGGCCUGUGACUUCCUGAGGUCCCAGCACUGUGGAGCUUUCUGUGUGAGACUGCCUUGGGGUGAGUGAGCACUUGAGCUGUUUGCCAGCUGCCUGUGGCUCAAGGCUGUAGGUUUUCUCCUCUUCUAACGCAUUUGAGGGUGCUUGGCAUCACUGUCAUCUGUCAUUUGGUAGAGCAGUGUGAAGAUUCUAAAAAACAAAUCUGUAUCUGCACAGCCAAGUCCUGCAAGCUUUCUCCUCAUGGGCACUCUGGGAAUGGAGCAUCCCCAUGAACAGACUGCAAACACAGCCAGUGGCUGCCACCUGUGGAGGCUCAUCUGAGGUCAGUGGCAUAUCCAGGCUUUGGUGGUGAGCUGAAUGCCCCCCUGCAUUAUAUUCACUCAUACACAAUCCUGUAAUUAGAAUUUUUUUUUUUUCCCAAGCAAAUUAAAUGUCUCCAAUUUGACUACCCACACAACGCACGUUCUUAGAGGACCUUCUGUCCCAUUGGGGUUAAUGGCUGCUGUCCCACAGAAACCCUUUUCUUCAGAGUACUUCUUCAGAGUGCAUUAGACAACCAGACAGUAAGGAUAAGUACCAGCAGUAUCUUUUGGACUACAUUUAGGUUGUCCAGACCUGGCAGGAGACCAGCCAGCUCUAUCUCACUCUUAGAGAAGUGCUUUUGUUGGGAUUUCUUUAGUGCACUAAUGCUUUUUAUUACUGGUGUUACUAACAUUUCUCUGUAGCUGGUAAAUGUGCAUAUACACAAACACAUCCAGGCUUCUCAAUACCAGCUAUGUAAAGUCAUAGAAUCAUAGAAUGGCCUGGGUUGA